AGCCGGCGAACUUAGCAGUUAUGUUACAUCCGACUUACAACAUCGUACAUUAUAUCUAUAAAUAAUUCAAUAUAGAUUAUAAAUAAUAUUUUACAGUGAGUACUUGAUUUUUUAUAAAUGGUUUUGCAAUGUGGGAGGGCGCUGGGAAGGCGGCGGUAUCGAGCGUGGGCGCGCCGCCCUGUAGAAGCCCUAGAGUUCAGUCCGCGGGGAGGCCCGGCGAGCACGGACGACACUCCAGUACUCCGGCAUACCGGCAUACACGCUACUACACAGGCCACUACAGUACAUUACAAGUACAUAGUAGCCACCUAGCGACACUGGUGAUGCACGUGCUUCUUGCGCGUGAUACUUUAUUUUCGAAUUAACGCCGCGUGUAACGUGCCACCAAUAAACUUUAUAAACGUGAUUGACAUUGUAAAAUCAUUAAAAUUAUUAGUGAAACGAUAUUAUGAUAUGUGACGGUAAUUAGUGUUUUUUAUAUCAACUGGGCGGCAUUCACUGUAUCAACGACGUCAUGAUAUGGGAGUUUAGCUGGCCUCACAGGACUAGCGUCUUGUCACAAUGGAGCUCGUUAGUUUCUGUCAGCACAGGCGCGCCCAACUGAAAGGAAAUUUCCAGGGUGUAGACCUACAACGAUAUGCCACCUAAAGCUCGCACCGGCGUGGUAGGCGCACUGCUCAGGAUAGCCCGCCCCCUCCUGUGACUAGCCAGGGCUCUAGCGCACGGAACGGGCGGCGGAUUAGGCGUGGGGCGCGGCGCGUGGCGGCGGCGCGGGCGCGGGCGGCGUCAUGACGCGACGCCCGCCACCAUGACGCUGCCGCCGCCCGCGCGCCCCGCGCAUCCCGCCGCGCAUCGCGCAAUGCGCUAUUACCGCAUCUGGAUCUACGCGUGCAACGGCGCGCUGCUGCUAGGAGCGUUGGCGUUCUGCGCGGCGGCGGGCCGCGCGCUCUCUGAUUACCGACGGGCUUUGGUGCCGGGACUUGGGGCUGCGCAACCUGGCUUUCUUUACGGAUACGCUGCGUUACCUGCUCAAGCAGGCCUGUUACAGCUACUCGGUUGCCUUGCUGCAUUACGUCUCUCAGAACGCAUGUUGAACGCCUACUGGCUUGCUUUAUUGGCAUUGCUCGUAGGAGAUGCUGCUAUAGGAGUAUAUUGGGCAUUCCGUUUCGAAAGAGUUUGUCGAGAAUUACGUCCGCAGUUAAGAAUUCGCCUUGCAAAAGAAUACGACUCGGAUCUAGACUUUUCUGAAGCAUGGGAUCGCCUUCAAAGUGAACAGCGUUGUUGUGGCGUCACUGGUCCAGCUGACUUUGCAGCUUUCAACCGUACUACAUUACCACCAAGCUGUUGCCGUAUCCCUGCACACACCCCUGCCGUCACACCGACAUUGCUCGCUACGACUUCUGCAUCAUCACCUGUACCGUUUACUCCAAUUCAUUGUGCGCCACAUACAGCCGCUUGUGCAGAACGUUUGCUUGUGUGGUUACGAAGAACAGCUGACGCGUUAUUCGUAUUAGGAUACUGCGUUAUAGCAUUUUUAAAGUUGUGCUUCCUCGGGAUUCUCCGAUACGAAAUAAAGGAGAUGAUUCAAAAAAUUAGAAUAUUACGGAGUGAACUUGGGGCUGGCGAAUUACUGGAUGGUAGUCCAAUUCAUGGUGGACCUCUAUCUCAGACAGUAAUAGUAAAUGCUGUGAAUGCGAACGGCGGCGUACGAACGCACGGUGGCAGCCCUGAACGGGAAGCUUUAUUAGGGCGAUCAUCGGACCCGUGUCCACGGCGAAGUAUACACGAUGAACCUCUCGGUCCCAAAACAGUGAACGGCAAUAAUAACUGUGAGAUGCGUGAGCUGGCUCGCGGUGAAUAUCGGCCGCUAGCAGCAGAUAGCGCAGCGACUCGGAUCUGACUAAGAUGUUACUUGGAGCGGUUGUUCGGGCGUCGGUGGCGGUCUUUCCCGACUGCCGGGUGCGAUAUGGACUUGCCGCCCAUGCGUACUGCGCCCGUGUGCGUGCGUCGUGCGGGCGCUCGCGUUCGGCUUGAUCAUCGUCGCCACACUCGCUCCGAAUUUGAGCUGUAAGCUGCCAACUGUGACUUUAACACGUGCUGCAGCCAUUUUCAUCGCGGCGCGAGUUCUUAUCGCCGCUGUCAAUUGCGAUCUACCGGAACAUUUAGGUGUGACUUUAAUAUAAAUAUGUUUAUAGUGGUAGAGAAAACAGUUACGAUGAUGAAAUUCAGUGUUAGUGUGUCAACGAGGAACAUUCAAAACUAUGAGUGAUGAACGUGUUAUAGACGAGAAGUGUAGUAUGCAGAAAUUAGACAAGGAGAUUUUCACGAGCCUAGCUUGUGUUUAGUUCCUACUUACGCUUGGCAGUUAAAUAUUUUGUUAAUAAAUAGAAGAAAUGUAAUUAUACAUAUUAUUUUACGCUAUACAGGGAAAAGAUGGAAACAUUUAAAAAAAUCACAGUGUGAACUCUUUAUCAUAAUUGUUAUGGUUGCACAAAAGAUCAAUCAUUGAAAUCAUCGACAUCGAGCAUCAGCGCGAUGUGAUUGUAUAAAUGUUUCACUAAGUACCUAAACGGAAUUAAUUGAAAGUGGGUACUUAUAGAAACGACGACUAUAUCAGGUUAGCCAUAAGUCUGAAAAGCUUUUUAUUGUAUACCAAUAGACUAAUGAGCCUAAUACGUAAGGUCCAUAUAAUGUAUGUUUUGUUUAAAAUAUUUUAAUUUGCUGUUAAUAUUUACAGCUACAAUAGCGAUUGUAUUGAGUAACAUUUAGAAGAAAAUUAAUUUUAUGCGAAAUAUUACUUAUUUCUAUGUAUGAUUUUUAAAGAGGUUCAAAUAUUAUCAAGUAGCUUGAAUUAAGCACGUAUGUGUGAUUGUAUUUGCUUAACUUAAUAAUGAUUGCUAUACAAUGUUUGAUGUUUCAGCCACUAUUUACAUAUGUUAUUUACGUACGUUUGAGGGCUCAGUCACCAUUUCACUAUGAAAAUAAAAAUAUAUCUAUUUACAGAUUAUUGUAGAUUGUAUUGAGUGAUAUUGUUUUUAUCGUUAUAGUGAAAUAUAGAAUAUGAUAAUUAUUAUUAAAAUCUCUAAUAAUUAGUACAUAGAAAGUACUAAUCUACAAUAUAUAUGUGUAUUAAACGACUUCAUUAUCACGCUGCAGAUUAUAAUCACGAUACACUAAAUCCAACACAGUGUUUAAUUCUAGCUCAUUGAUGGUCUUUGAACCUCUGAAAAAAAUUUUUAUUUCUAGAUAAAUUAGUUUAGUAUAUAGAUUUAUCUUUUAACGUUAUGCACCAAAUAUCCCGACCAGUAUUUAUAGACGUAGAUUAGAAUUCAUGCCCCAUUGCUUCAAUUAGCAUCACAGACUGGACCUACUCAUGAUGAGAUUAGGUUUCCGAAAACUAUUUGUAUUACAUACUGCCGACAAAACCGUUUUGGUAUUCUUUCAGGAGUCCAAUAAUAUAGUUAUUCAAGCUUACUUUACAUUUACAUGCAACAAGAUGCAAGAACGAUUUAUAUGUUAAAUUUUAAUAUCAACUAGUUAACGGUUUAAUUCUCACGGUAAAUUUUACCCCAAUCAACGGUGUCGGUAAAAUGUAAAUAAUAUUUGUACAUGUGUAAUAAGCGAGUAAUUGUGCAUGGACAGAUGAAAUAGUACUGAUAUGAGCUUAAAAGACGUAGUGCCUACAAUUAUAUGCUUAACAAUAUAAAACGAACAACUACAUUAAUUUUUUUCACACAGAUAAAAUAUAAAAUUUUCAUACGAUUUUAUCAUUCGAUAGCUAAAGACAAGAGACGAGUUCAACGCUAAUUUAGUGAUUGCGCCAAGAUUGUAGAAUAUGGCCAUAAAAACGCAUUGAGAAAAAAAUGUAAGUAAAUAUUAAUGGCUGUGUCAAAUUAAAAAUAAACCAAUUCAUGCGUGAGUAGAGUUGUUACGAUUUGGAAUAGUCGCUACCAGAGCUCCAAGUUUGUUCGAGUACAGAGGCGCGUAUCGCGCGAAUGUAUGUUAUUAGUACUAAGUAGUAAGUACUAGCGGUUCUCGCACGUACCUAUACAAUGCAGUACGAAUGACCCAAUACCUAAACAUACAUAUUUGUACUUAUUACGAUCUAACUUUAUAGAUAUAUUGUAAUGAUGAGUACGAAGUUAUGUUCGCUUAGAGUAGGUAUAAUAUUUUGUGAAUUUAUGCAGAAAAAUAGUUUUUUAAUAUUGUUGUCACAUGAAUGUACCAAUCUUAUUAAAAUUUGUACCUAUAUUCGGAAAGUUGAAUAAUUUGUAGCUAGGAUCCAAUCUAAAUCCCGCAUUUCUUCCAAAAAAUCGGUAAAGUAACAUGUGCCUUGGCUUAUAAAUCGUAUUACUGACGUUAUGUUUCGUGUUAAACUAAUCGAUAUGAAAUAAAUGGAAUAUGACCCUCGUCUCUGAUGUGCUGCCUACACCUGAUCUAAGUCACCUAUUUCUUCGUAUUUAUAACAUAUAACUUCUAUAUUUUUAAUUAUUAUAAUGUUUUUAUUACGUUCUGUUUUAAUUAGUUCUAUAUAUUAUGACUGUAUUCUCCAAUCAAAUGUACUAAUCUUGCGAUGAAUAAUGCUUUUAAAACAUAUGUGCAGUCUGUUAACUAAAUUAAAUAAACUUGUAUAUGCACGGGUAAAAGUAUUUAUAUCAUGUACAGGCAAUCGGAUUUCAUUGAAUAUAUACAACGCAAUGAGCGAAUAUCUAAUUAUUGAGCAUGUUGAAGUUUUAUAAGUAUAGUAAAUACUUUAUAAUUUAUUACAUAUAUACGUGCCUAUUAUUUUAAGUAACAGUUAACAGACUACAGAUAUCUAAUCAAUAAAAAUAUGCCAAUCGUUGUUCAAUAUUGUACAAAAUAUAACAUGCUAUAAAAUAUGAAGGUUUGAAGUUUAUUCAUCACAGAUUAUGUUUAUUCGAAAUACUAAUCUUUAAUUAUGUAAGUAUGUGUACUGGAUUUCAAUUUACUUAGCCACCUAAUUAAUAAUUGUAACAGAUGUAGAUCAUAUUAGAUAAUUAAUUCUGUACAGUGACAUGUAAUUAAUUCACAUGACGUUAUAAACAAUAAUACGAUAAGUGACAACUGGAUAUUGCGUUUCUCGCGGCUGAAUAAAUUGGAAUCCAAUAGGUAAAAAUCAUACUACCAAUAUUUAUUUAUUUUACCUUUUUUUUUAAUCUAUAUCUAUUGAUUUUAUGUUUGUUACUGUAGGUAUUUAUAGAGUUGUUACAACUUUCCGAAGGUACGCACUAGGCGACUGAGAGCUAAUAUUAUCAUAAUAAAUGCAUUAAAUAAAGAAUUUGUUAAAAUUUUA